AUGUCAAACCCCCAUCCUAGCCCCAUCUCCCUCGCGCACGUCGUGCUGCGCACCACCCCUGCAAACUAUCCCAAAAUGGUAUCCUUCUAUGUGUCUUUACUGUCCGCAACACCCAUCUACCAAAACGACAGCAUGACAUUUCUGCGCUACGACGACGAACACCACCGCAUCGCUAUCAUCCAGACCCCCGAUGUCAACCCCUCGCCCGAAAACACCUUGAUUGCCGGCCUCGACCACAUCGCAUUCGCAUUCGCAACCCUAACCAGCCUCGCCCAGACAUACAUCUCCCUCAAAUCCGCCACGCCAGAGCCGAUCGUACCUCUCUGGUGCGUCAACCACGGCCCCACGACAAGCAUGUACUACCGCGACCCAAACGGCGCGCGCGUCGAGCUGCAGGUCGACAAUUUCGAUACUGCCGAAGAAGCGGAUGCGUUUAUGCGCAGUGCCGCGUUUGCGAAGAAUUCCAUUGGCACGGAUUUCGAGCCGGAGGAAUGGGCAGCCCUGAUUUUGAGCAAGGUUGGGCUAGGUGGAGAGGAAGGGUUGAGUCUGGAGGAGGUCAAGAGAUUAAAAACGAGGAGUGAGGUUGGUGGGAGACGGGUUCCUCCCGAUUAUCAAUGA